AUGUCCAACGCGAAAAAGAGAGCGGCGCCGAGCCAAGAGGGCGGCGAGGGCCAAAAGGCAAAGAAGCAGAAGAAGAAGUCGGCCUACCAGGUCGACGAGACGCUCCUCAACGCCGAGCUGGGCAUCAACGAGUCCUUUGCCGUCAUGGACAACCAGCUCCUCGCAGACUACACGGCGCAAAAGAUUUCUCGCUUCGGUACGGAUCUGAGUUCGGUUGAACUUUUGGACCUGUCCAUCUCAGCAAACGCCAUCAAGGACACAACAUCCUGGACAGAACCCCGCGCCCUGGACAACCUCCCCGCCUUCCUCGAGAAGUUCGCCGAGAGGCCCGACAGGCUCUUCACGGCGCCCAAGGUCAAGGGCGCGCCGCACACCAUCAUCGUCGCCGCCGCGGGGAUGAGGGCGGCGGACGUCGUGAGGGCCGUGAGGAAGUUUCAGGGGAAGGAGAGUACCGUUUCCAAGCUUUUUGCAAAGCACAUGAAGGUAUUCGAACAAGUCCAAUUUCUACAAAAAACACGAACCGGCAUCGCGGUCGGAACGCCCGCCAGACUCAUGGAGUUGGUAGACAAUGGAGCACUAUCCCUAGACAAGCUCCAGCGCCUCGUCGUCGACGCCUCGCACAUUGACCAGAAGAAGCGCGGCAUCAUGGACAUGAAGGACACGAUGCUCCCGCUGGCGCGGUGGUUGACGAGGAAGGAGUUCAAGGAGCGGUACGGGGAUGAGCAGAAGCCUUUGGAUUUGAUGUUUUACUAG